GAAAAAAAAAACGCAAUUUAUUUUUUGGGUAGAUGAUGGAUCAGGAAGAAGGGGGCGGAGAACGGCGGCGGAGGAGGUGUUUCACGAGAAGGACCUCUUCCUCGAAGACUACGCCGAAAUGAACAGUACGUUAAAGAUAUUCGUUUAUCCACACCAGAAAGACGACCCUUUCGCAAGUGCGCUGUUGCCGGCGGCCGGAGAUCCCGGCGGCAACUACGCCAGCGAGAGUUACUUCAAGAAGUCCAUCUUCAAGAGCCACUUCAUCACCAAAGACCCGAACCAGGCGCAUCUCUUCUUUCUGCCCUUCUCCGUCGCCGCCCUGCGAAACGACCGGCGGGUCGGCGUCGGCGGGAUCAAGGGUUUCGUCAAAGGCUACGUGUCCCGCAUCAGCCGCGAGUACCCGUUCUGGAACCGAUCCGGCGGGGCCGAUCAUUUCUACGUAUGCUGCUACUCCGUCGGGAGGUCGGCGACGGAGACGGCGGUGGAAGUGAAGUUGAACGCCGUACAGGUGGUCUGCUCCUCCAGCUAUUUCCUGCCGGGGUACAUCGCCCACAAGGACACCUCCGUGCCGCAGAUCUGGCCGCGCCACGGGGAACCGCCGCGCCGUUCGCCGGAGAAUCGGACAACCCUAGCCUUCUACGCCGGCGCGUUAAACUCCCGGAUCCGUAAAGAUCUGGUCGGGAUCUGGGAAAACGACGAGGAGAUCUCGGUCCACCGCAGCCGCCUGAAAACGCCGUACGCGGAGGCGCUACUGGGGAGCAAAUUCUGCAUCCACGCGAAGGGGUACGAAGUCAACACUGCCCGGAUCGGCGACGCCAUCUACUACGGCUGUGUGCCGGUGAUACUGGCCGACUUCUACGAUCUCCCGUUCGCCGACACCUUGAACUGGGAGAGCUUCUCGGUGGUGGUUGCGACGGCGGAGAUGCGGCGGCUGAAGGAGAUACUGAAAGGGAUAAGCCACGGGGAGUAUGUGAGGAUGCAGAGGAAUGUGGUGAAGGUUCAGGGGCAUUUCCGGUGGCACAAAUUUCCGGUGGAUUUCGAUGCGUUUCAUAUGGUUUUGUAUGAGCUUUGGCUUAGGAGAAGUGUUUUAAGACUUUCUUCUUAUCAUUAGCUUCAGAAAAAUGGUAAGGGACCCAUUUGUCCCCACUCCCCACCUUGUUCACAUAAUUGGGCAAGAAAAUCAAAAAUAAAAUUAAUUAAAAAUGGGUGAUUGAGAAAGGGAUGGUGUACAAAUGAGAUACACUUUUGGUAUAUCUCUAGCAGUGCUCUAAGCUUCAAUAGAUUGACUCUAUUUUU